AUGAUAAGGCGUGUUCUUUUGCUCCCAGGCCAAGGCAUCCAACACGUUGGCAUGAUUGAACAGUUUGAGCGUUACCCAUGGAGUAACGAAAUAUUAAAGCAAGUUGACGAUGCUCUAGGGUUUUCGGUAACAUUCUAUAUAGCUUUCAAAGAUGAUGAAAGAAGGACCUGAAUCUGAUUUGAACUUGACCGAGUUCGCUCAGCCAGCAAUCAUGGUAUCAUCAAUUCUUCAUUGGACUUUCUUAAAGCAUUUAUAUGGAGCCCGUGAAGAUGGAUUUUCUUUUGCCCUAGGCCACUCGUUAGGGGAGUACUCCGCUUGUGUUAUAAGUGGAGCCCUCACAGUGGAACAGGGUGCUAAGUUAGCCUAUAUAAGAGGCAAGUCAAUGCAAGAAGCCGUUGAAGGCCUUGCAAUCAGAAUGAGUGCAGUAGCUGCAUCAGAAGAAACUGUCAGAAAGUCGUUAAAUGAGGUCCAAAUCGAUGGAAUAUGUGAAAUAGCCGGCGUAAACCACGAUAAGCAAGUCGUCCUUAGUGGCACUCGUGAAUCUGUCGACUUAGUCACAGACCAUAUGAAACAAAAAUACAAAGUCCCUAUUAAAUCUUUAAAUGUGUCUGCACCAUUUCACUGCAGACUCAUGAAGCCAGCAGCUGAUAGAGUCAAAGCAGAGCUUGAGAAAAUGGAUGUCAAGCCUGCAAAGAUUCCUGUUAUUUCUAAUGCACACUCCAAAGGGUUGACUGACCCUAACGAAUAAUUAAAAUAUGGCGUCUUCAUCUGGGCAUGGCCUCCCGGCCAUGCAUACUCGACUUAUAUUUUAAUUAUAUCCGGCAAGGUUUUGCAUUUCAGAGAAGGACAGCAAUGCUAGGUAAGCAAUUCUGGUGGAGCUCAGAGCCUAGCCCAAGUCUAAUCUCAGAAAUGUUUUUUCCUCAUGGGAAAGGAGGCACGAGAGUUGGAAAGGGGAAGCUCAGCUGAGUCCGUUAGGACCAUUCGGGCAACUCCCUAGCGUGAAACUGGGCGUUACGUCCCAGGCUCCGUGUUUACCCUUUUUGCCGAGAGCCUACCAGAAAAAGCCAUAUUUUUUAUGGAUUUUCGGAAUGGGCAACCAUGUCCUCAAGCGAAGUAGCUCAGUCAUGAGUCGUCGAAGUCGGCAACACCUGCGACUAGGUGCACUGGUGUACAAGGCUGGUCGACCCAGAGGCCAAUUGCUGGCCCUUUGCGCCAUAGGCGGGCGGAAGCUCUGGGAUGGGCAACCCCGUAAGGGACGUUAAGCGUAUAAAUCUAAUAGAAUAGACUGACCCUAACGAAAUCAAGCAAAGCUUAGUCGAUAACAUCACAAAUCCUGCAUGGUUUUUGAGAGGCAUGGAGUAUUGCUUAUCAAAUGGUUCAAAUCUAUUCACAGAAGUUGGAGCAAAAAGAGUUCUAACCAAUAUUGUCAAUAAAAUUAUGAAGGACAGAAAUUUGGAAGGAUUAAUUCUCGACUUGAACGAAAAAUAA